AUGGAUCUGUUCAAAGUGAGGAAGUUUAGAAGAGCCCACAAGCCAGAGCCGGAGAAGGAAUCAGAAGGCAAGCCUGUUCCUAGCCCUGAAGAGCCAAAGAAAGACAUCAAUGGUGGCGGUGGUGGUGAGGAUUUGAGUAAAACCAACAACAAAUCGGUGGAUGUGGUAGCAGAAGCCGAGGAUGACGAGGACGAUGACUUCAUAACCAAUGAGGUGAAGAGAAGGUUAAAAGAGUUGAGGAGGAACAGCUUUAUGGUGUUGAUCCCUGAAGAAGAGUCUUUAGCUGAACAAGAAGAAGAAGAAGAAGAUGACGGUGGUGGAGAAGCAAGGGAGGCAAUCUGUGGGGAAUGGAGGGAUGUUGAAGCUGAAGGACGGCAAUGGUGGGGUGGGUUUGAUGUUGUUUAUGAUAAGUACUGCGACAGAAUGCUCUUCUUUGACCGAUUGAGCCUUCUCCAGCUCAAUGAAAAUGGCUGCUGCCAAAUGCCAACUACUCCGUCUCCAAAAUCAUCAUCGAAGAAGUUACCAUCCCCCUUCCGUUGCCUAUCAUUGAAGAAAUUCGACGAGCACGAAGAUGAAACGGAGCAUCUACAGCAGCCACAGAACGACCCGUACCAAGAUCUGGAAACUGCAUAUGUAGCUCAGAUGUGCUUGACUUGGGAAGCACUUCACUGCCAGUACACUCAACUCAGCCAGAGGAUUUCAUGCCAACCCGAAAACCCCACUUCUUACAACCACAGUGCUCAGCAGUUUCAGCAGUUCCAAGUUCUGUUGCAACGGUUUAUCGAGAACGAGCCCUUUGAGCAAGGUCUCCGAGCAGAAGUGUUUGCACGUUCAAGGAGGGUUUUGCCUAGACUGCUCCAAGCUCCAAAUGUGAAAGGCAAGUCCCAUUUUUAUGGUAAAGAUGCACAAGAGCUGGAGCUGGAUUCGGAUUCUGUGGUGCAUGCGCAAGAUCUCAUUCGAGUUAUUGAGAGUUCGAUUCUAACAUUCCACCUUUUUGUCAAGAUGGACAAGAAGAAGUCAAACACUGGCAUCACAUUGUUUGGAAAUCAGAAUCAGAUUGCAACCCCGCUUCAAAUGAUCCAGUCUUUGAUUGACAAGAAGAAGAUGAGACUGAAGGAACUAUGCAGGAAGAGUAAAGGAUGGAAGAAGAAAACAUGGCCUCAAUCGUACGAGGAUGUUCAGCUGUUGUUUGGCCUCGUUGACAUCAAAAUCGUGUCCAGGGUGCUUAGGAUGAUCAGGAUCAGCAAAGAACAGUUGAUUUGGUGCGAGGAUAAGAUGAAGAAACUGAAUUUAGCAGGUAGUAAGCUGCAGAGAGAUCCAUCUCCAAUCCUUUUCCCAUGUUAGUACUAGCUUACUAUGUUAAGUGCCACAUUGAGGAAAUGUAGUGUAGGCCAGGAGAACGGGGUUUCGUUUUGGAAUGGUUAGCUGCUAGCUGCGGUUGAAGGCUGCAAAUCUUUCAUGUAAUGUGAAACGCUAAAUAGAAGACGCAUCAAGCAUGUGUUGGAUAGGAAGUG